GCCUAACGUCACAUGACAGUUAGUUUCGCUUUCCAGUCUGUUUUAUUAUAAUAAGAUCUACAAAGUAUUCGGAUACAUGCAGCUCGCAGACACCUCACACACAUCUAAAAAUUCGCAAGUAGAAAGCAAAAUAUUGCUGCGAGUUAGUGACAUAACAUUGUCAACAUGGGAGUCCAAGGACUGAAGACCUUCAUUGAGAGUAGCAACAGAAAUGAUUUAAGAAGCUGGGCUUUUAGAGACAAUCGACUAAUAAUCGAUGGAUGUAACUUAUACUACACCCUAUACUUUGACUACAACUUGGAUCAGAUGCAUGGAGGAGACUAUGAUGCCUUUGAGGAGGUGAUCAUACUGUUCUUUGAGAACCUCACAGACUGUGACAUUCACCCUUACGUUGUACUUGAUGGCGGCGAUGACCACACUGACAAAAAAUGGGACACUCUUAGGAAACGAAAACAGGAGAAAAUAAAUGCGGCCUUUACCCUGUCAGCAGGGAGAAGAGCCAAUGUCCUUCCUAUUCUCAUCAAAAAUGUCUUCAGACAGCUUCUUCAUAAGCUCAAGGUACCGCUGAUUCAGUGUCUUGAAGAGGCUGAUUGGGAAAUCGCUGCUUUGGCGAAAGAAUGGGAUUGUCCAGUUUUGUCCAACGACAGUGACUUCUAUGUAUUCAACCUCAGGGCGGGAUUCCUGCCAAUCACACAUUUCCAGUGGAAAAACGUAAAAGUGAACACACACACAAACAAAAAAUUCAUCCAAGCCCAACACUUUACAGUGGGAAAAUUCUGUGAAACCUUCAGAAUGAACCCUGAGCUUCUCCCGGUCUUUGCUACCAUCUUAGGUAAUGAUUAUGUGAAGCUGCAAGAUAUCAAAAGCCUGGAUUGGGAGAAAUACUCAACGUCUGACACGGAGCAUGCCCGGAUUGAUGGUUUGCUUAACUGGUUAUCCCAGUUCCCAGGGCCAGAUGCAGCUGUAAGUGCUUUGCUGAAACUAACACGCAACACAGAAAAACCCCUUGUCCAAGAAGCACUUUCCAAGGGAAUCCAAGAGUACAAGCUCAUCUCUGGCUAUCUUGCCCCAUUCUUCCACUCAAAGACGAUUCCACAGACAGCUUCCACAGGUCCAUUGCAAGUUCUGCCUAAAUGGACCUUGAAACUCCUACUUGAGGGAAAGAUGAGCUCCUCCAUUAUUGACGCACUGGUACAUCACAGGGUUUCCUUGAUAGUCCAGGUUGAAGACUUUAAACUCCCCUGUUGCAGUGAAACCUCUCGUCCCAUACGCCAAGUGAUUUACGGGUUACUGUUGUUGGGAGAACAACAGACUGCAGAUAAACUAGAGUUAGCCAUUAAAACAUUCACUGGCACAAGCAAGCAUUAUGUAGAGGAAUAUGGCAGACAACAAUUAAAAUUAAGCAGUCAGAAAGUUGAAGCCGUAAAGACCAGGGUGAUGGAAGGACUUCAACUGGAAACAUUAUGGAAGGAACCACACAACGUGCGACUUCAUGUGCUGCUGGACACUUUGGGUGUGUCGUUGGAGAUGUUAAGAGAGAUCCAACCUGCUCUACAACUGCAAAUUUCCGUGACACGUUAUUGGCUAGUAAAUGCACAGCCUCCACCGUCCAAAGUGCAUCUUUGGGGGCUGCUGCUGGGAAUGGUCUAUGGACAAUGCAGCAGUACACCUCAAACACAAAGAGACAUCCUGUUGAAACUUAAGAAACUACAAACUGGUCGAAAAAAGAUCUCUCUGGAGCAUGGAACGGCUCAUCUAUACAGCCAAUGGCAGUCCUGCCUGAAGUGGAGUCUCUGUCUCAAUCGUUUACUGUGUUUUCCUGUAUCUGAACCAGAGGUUGCACGUUUGUACCGUGGAAAACUGGUGCACCAUGUUGUCGAAGAGCUCAGAAGAGGCAGCACUCUCCACUCUUUGCUGGUGAGGGGCUCAAACGCCGAGCAGCUCUUCAUACAGCUGAAGGAUGCAGUUGUGAGCUUGGUGGGUGAAGACUUCGUCAAGAAAAUGAGAACCGGGCUCAUGCACAAAGCUGCUGGGAAAACACAGAGAGACUGCAACGGCCAGAAUCAGCCUAUAGAUGAACUGAGCAGUUGCUUUGAACAUCUGAUGUGUGAGGAUAUUGAUAACUGUGAAGAUGAUGAUCUCAAUGGGAAAAGUAGGAAGAGUAAAGCCAAGGAUCACAAGAAUGAAAUUCCUGAUGUUUCCUACACCAUCCGUACCAGACACAAGGCUAAAGCUCGCAAUCCUGAUCAUCCCUCUAAAAAAUAUGCCAGGAGAUGCUUCGAGUAGCCUUUAAAGGACUUUAAAACAACAACAACAAAAAGAAACAUUUGCACUAUUGUGCUUAUAAAGAAAAUGAGGCAAGACAUGCUUCCAGAGAACCAGAAAAAAAAAAGUUAAAAUGACAGCUUGUCUACUGUAUAUCAGUCACAUCAUGUACAGUCCUGUUUUUGCCAUCCUGUAUUAUUUAUUGAUAAUCACUGCCUGACAAAAAAAAAAAAAAACAUUUUUAAUCAUUAUAGGUAAAAAAUCAUUAUAUUUGUGUUAAGGUGUUGGACUUUGGGAUUUUGAUCAAUUAGACUAUGGUUGCGUCAAUGCAAAUUCACCAUAUUCCGCAAAGUAUUUUAAAUAACAUAUGAGCUUUUUAAUUUAAGUAUUAAAAUAUUUUUCUAUUUUGAUCUUUAUAUUGUGUGUAAAUAACAGACUUCUAUAUCACUGCACAACUUGUAACUACAAUAGCCAACAUUACCCAGAAGUAUACACUGUACUUAAAAGUGUGAUAUUAAAUUCCAAACCGUUUGAUUUUUGUGAACAAUUAGGCAUUAAGGUAUUAUAAACAUUUUAAUGAAAUAGAAAUUAAUAGUGCAUGUAUUACAUUGUUUUCCAAAAUGCAUAGUUAAAUAAUCAGAUUAAUCAACAUCAGAUAGACUUUUUUUUUUUAAUUUGUAAAAAUUUUAUUGUACAAUUGUGUUCUGAAAUGACCACAACAGGUUACUGGUUUCAGCUGUGCAAACCACAAUAAAAUAAAUACAAUCUUAAAAAUAGAAGAAAAAAAAAACAUCAAAAAAUAAAAAAAUAAGCUUUUUACCUAUCACCCUUCAUUUUAACAUUUUUAUACUUUUUAAUAUCAGUGUAUUACAAUGUUCGUUUUCAAAGCAACAGCAAUGCCAGAAAACAGAAUGGGCAGAAAAGGAAUCUCACCAAUUAAUAAAUAUGGACAACGUGAUCAUAAAGAACCACUAUCCACAAUACAAAGGACAAACAUGAUCGCAUACUGCAAAAACUGAUAUAUAGUGUAUCAUCAUUAGCUGUACCUUAUUAACAAGAUACAGUGUUGGCAGAUGGGAAUAAUAAAAUGCCGGUGGGCUGCACUGAGGUUUUUUCGGCAUGGGUGGGGGGGGGGUGUUAGUGUCAGGACUGAUUAGUCAAACAUUUCUGUACACCCAACAUGAGCAUCCAUUUAACCGACAACUACAUCAUUAAACCUUUAAAGGACUAAGCGUUCACCUAACUGAGCACCAAGCAGGUGAGAAAAUAAAUAACACUAUAGGAAAAGCCAAAGUAAAGUGAAAAGGCAAAAGCAUCUUAUUUCAGAUGGCCCUAAUACCAGUGUAUUAACAUAAGGAAAGUAACAAUAUAGUAUUGAUACUAUGUAAAUACAGAGGAACUGUAAGUAAUUGUACAAGCCAGUUGUAUAAAUCAACAGUCUAAUAUAAGAACUAAUAGUGCAUGUACCAUCAUGAAGUGGGAUCCCGUAAUCUCGUAACACCUUCAUAUUGUGAGAUCCUGUAUCUUAAAUAGAAAGUCAUUAUAAAGAGCAGAUUAUGAGAAAGCCUUUGCUAUAAAUCAGAAUCUUAACAGUGCCUGUUUCAGGGUGUUAUAAAAUGAAAAUGGCAUCCAUGAUGCUGUAAGUGCAUUAUGUGACGAUUUA